AUGGAUCGAAACCUUUCAUGCAGGCCGAACGAGGACAUUGAAGACCCACGAGGGCUUCACGAGGUUACAAAUCUGAAGGCAAGAGCAGCCAGUGCUUGUAGGCACGCCCAGAAGAUUGUCGUCCCCUUGGAAUCGCGCUGGAUGGACUUUGUGAAGACGCUUUUUGAGCCGAUGAUAACGCGAGCGCGCGAUAUCGAAGGCGCAACGCCGUUCGAUGCGCCAAAACUGACACGACCGAAGCCCGAUCUUUUUAUAUCCCUUCCAACCAUCGAAGAGCAUAGGGCGCCCAGAGGACUCGCAAGUGAGCCCGUUCUAGGUAACUUUCGGGUCGAUAGGUUGCAGUUGCUAGAGGAGACGAUGGGCGUGGCAUCUAGCCCACUGAAAUUUAUUGGGGACAGACAAGUCGAUGAGAUGGAUUGCCUUUCUUUCCCAUGCGUGGUCCUUGAAGCGAAGCACCACCAGGUAAGCGGGGCACAAGUUGAAAAAUGCUAUUGGCAGGCUGCGAACGGUGCUGCAAGCGCACUUGCCUUGCUUAAUGAUCUUACUGUCGAUUGCCUUGUAUCCGGUGUCAAGGCGGAGAUCCGGCCGGUGGUGAUCAUCACUUUGAAUGGGCACCGGACACGUCUUUGGAUAGCAGGUAUCAAAUCGAGAAAGAGAGUCCCGGAGGGUGACUCGAAUGACGCAGACUACAACUUGCCAGCGCGGACCAGGGUGAGAUAUCAUAUGCAAUGUAUUUGGAAGGGAGAUUUGCACAUUGAAGAGUCAAUGACGGAGCUCAUAUGUAUCAUCGACAGCCUGGAAAAAUGGAUCCUUGAUGAUUUUCGUCCAUGGGUGUCAGGUAACUUGGGCAGACUGUAUCACAAGAUGGACCUGAAAGUUGAAAAUGAUGGAGGAGGGGGCGACUGCAGUUCCAACGAAGAGGAGGCGAGUGAUGACCUUCAGGAUAGUGUCUCAGAGACCAGUGAGGAGUACGUGGAAACGGACGAUGAAGAGAAGAAAUGGGACGAGGACUGGAUUGCUUCUGUCAGCGAGGAGUCCGAUUCCGAGCUGGAUGCCGACAGUGAAGAUUAUGAUGAGUAUGAGCAGGACCUUGCUAGAGCGGACAGUCUCAUGGAGGAGCUCUCACUGGACGAUACCGCCAUGUCAGUCAAGAGUGUCCGUCACCGGUUCAUCGAAGUGCGGAGGGGGUUAGAUGUAUAG